AUGAAAAUCCGCUAUCUGAAUGAUGAACUCCGUGAGACUCAUAACGACUACCGAGCGGAAUUGGCUCAAUUGGCGCGGCAGAUUAGUGAGACCAAGCAUAAGGAUGUCACUGAUAACGAGACUUAUGUGCUGAAGAUCGAUGAGUUGAAUACAAAGUUGGCUCAAACGGAGAGCACAUCUCGUAGCCUGAAGCGACAACUGGACGAAUUGAAGCUGGAUAAUGAGAAAGAUGCAGGAACAGUCACGAACGAUAACAAAAAGCUGCGUAGUGGUUUGGCAGAUGCCGUGGCGAAGAUUGAACGUUACAAAAAUGAAGCUGAACAUUCUAAAGAAAUGUGCGAAGAGAUGGCGGAACAGCUCGGCGUCAACGAAGAGCGAAUUAACAAGCUAGAAGACGAGGUGAUGAAUUUGGAGGAGACUCUGAGGGAGAAAGAAAAGCUUGAAGAGUAUCUGCAGUCACAAGUGAAAGCGAAAGACAUGCCUAAGCUUAGCAGACGCAGCACUCUUCUUCGAACGCCAUCGGAGAGCUCACUGGAGGUGGUGGAUCCUGUAAUUGUCGAGGAACUGGAAAAUGAGAAGUCCGUCCUGCUGAAGGAGCUAGAAGAGAAAAAGAAAGGUGAUAAAUCCCGUCCUGGGUCAACCCUCAGAACGUCAUCACCCCCAAGGGAAUCAUGGCAGGGAUUACCAGUCGAAAUCCGUGUGGCGGAUAUUCUUACUCCAGCCGCAGAAGAAUUGGCCAAGAAGAAGCGCUGUGCUCACUGCGGCAUCAUCGUGCAUUCCCAGUGCUCAAAACGAGUUGUUAAUACGUGUGGUUUACCCGAUCAGUGUGCGAAUUAUUACUUGGAUUCUCAUAGUGCGCCAAAUGGAAGGAUGAACGGAUGGGUACGAUUGUUCAGGGAAUGGCAGUCAGCAUGGGGCGAGAUGGAUGAGAAACGCCUUGCUUUCUAUGACAACGAUUCUGUACAGACUGACCUUCGGAAGCCAUUCCUGACGGUGGACCUAGAAAAAGAACUCAGAAUAGUCCGAGUUGGAAGUGAAGUGCCUGUGAAAAUGGAGAACGGCCAGCGCAACAUCCUAUAUCUGGCACCUUCUAUUGCAACAGCCAAAGCGAUGGCAGAGGCUCUCCAAAGCGCCUCAACCAGAAGGAUGAUGCUCACUAGGCGGCCAAGCUCCUUCUCAGAGCAGUCCUGCCUUCUCGUACUCUCAAAGCCUAACAAUCUUACUAUACAUACUACCUGUGUCGUUGAUGAUUAUCUCCUUAUCGGUGCUCAAAGCGGCUUGUUCUUCACAAGUGUUAGCAGUGCACGUGUACCUGUCAGAAUUGCAGGAUUCAACUCGGUUACCGCGAUGGAAUGCCUAGCGGAUCUUAACAUACUCGCUUUGAUUAUCGAUCACAAGCGAUCGUUAGCCCUAGUUCCGUUACCAGCGCUUAAAUUAGCGUUGAACGUUACUCAUCCAUCCGUCCAUGCUGACGUCAUCUCGGGUUAUGAUCACCUCCAUGCUAUUGCUUAUCAUCUGCAGGAUGGACAGAGGUAG